AUGCCUCCCUCGCAGAUGUCGAAGAAGCGCAAGUUCGUUGCCGACGGUGUCUUCCGCGCCGAGCUCAACGAGUUCUUCACCCGCGAGCUCGCAGAGGAGGGUUACUCUGGCUGCGACGUCCGCGUCACCCACGCACGCACUGAGAUUAUCAUCCGUGCCACCCACACGCAGGAGGUUCUCGGCGAGAAGGGCCGCCGCAUCCGCGAGCUGACCGCGCUCGUCUCAAAACGCUUCAAGUUCCCUGAGAACUCGCUCGAGCUCUACGCCGAGAAGGUCCAGUUCCGCGGUCUCUCUGCCGUCGCACAGUGCGAGUCUCUCCGCUACAAGCUCCUCGGUGGCCUUGCCAUCCGUCGUGCAUGCUACGGUGUCCUCCGCUUCGUCAUGGAGUCGGGUGCCAAGGGUUGCGAGGUUGUCGUCUCUGGAAAGCUCCGCGCUGCCCGUGCAAAGUCGAUGAAGUUCACCGACGGUUUCAUGAUCCACUCCGGUCAGCCCGUCCGCGACUUUGUCGACUACGCCGUCCGCCACGUUCUCCUCCGUCAGGGUGUCCUCGGUAUCAAGGUCAAGAUCAUGAAGGGCUGGGAUCCCGAGGGCAAGGUCGGCCCCUCCAAGCCCCUCCCCGACUCCGUCCAGGUCCUCGAGCCCCCGAUCGACAAGAUCGUCGCCGAGCCCACGUCCGAGUCGCGCGAGCCCGCCGUCCCCGCACCCCAUGUCGCUGCCGCAGCCGACGAGGGCGCUGCUUACCAGCAGGCACCCGAGUCGUACGAGCAGGGCUACCCGCAGGAGCCUGCCGCUGCCGGCGGCUUCUGA